UUUCGCCCCAUCUGCCAUUUUGGUUUUGUUCCCGUCUGCAGUCGCAAAGCCAGCAGCGCAGUUACACGAGACUCUUCUCAACGACAUAGUGACUCGACAGUAUAGCACUGACAGCCCUAACCCCGCACCCCCGUUUCAUUUGUUUCUACGAACCGUCGAAUUAGUCCAUCGUUGUGAACGCCGACAUCUGUGGACUGCGGGAGAGGAGCGGGUUUGCUUAGGGAAGGCACCGAGAAGGAUUAUUGAUGUCCAGCUCGCCGCUGUCCAAGAAGCGCCGCUUGUCAGGAACAGAGACGAAGACGGGAUCCCACUGCUCCUCCUCUAACUCUGUCAGAACAGAUCUGUCCCACACACCUGCCAACGGCAUGGCUAAGAAUGGCAAUGAUGCUGAGAUUGAUGAAGGCCUGUACUCCAGACAACUCUAUGUUUUGGGCCAUGAAGCAAUGAAGCGCAUGCAGAACUCCAAUGUCCUCAUUUCUGGCAUGAGAGGUCUUGGUGUUGAGGUUGCUAAAAAUGUCAUCCUGGGAGGAGUAAGAAGUGUCACUGUGCACGACCAAGGAGUUGCAGAAUGGAGAGACCUUUCUUCUCAGUUUUACCUCCGGGAGGAGGAUUUGGGUAAGAACAGGGCCGAGAUGAGCCAGCUCCGCUUGGCUGAACUGAACAACUAUGUUCCCGUGACGGCCUAUACCGGAGCGCUGACCGAGGACUACCUGACCAAGUUCCAGGUGGUAGUUCUUACUAACUCAACUCUUGAUGAGCAAAAACAUUUUGGAGAUUUCUGCCACAGUAAAGGAAUCAAGAUCAUAAUUGCAGACACACGUGGGCUCUUUGGUCAACUUUUCUGUGACUUUGGAGAGGAAAUGGUUGUGUAUGACUCCAAUGGAGAGCAGCCUCUUAGUGCCAUGAUUUCCAUGAUCACCAAGGAUACUGCAGGAGUUGUUACGUGUCUGGAUGAGGCUCGUCAUGGCUUUGAGAGUGGUGAUUACGUCACCUUCACAGAGGUUCAGGGCAUGGUAGAACUCAACGGCUGUCAGCCAGUGGAAAUUAAAGUUCUAGGUCCAUACACAUUCAGCAUCUGUGACACCACUGGCUUUUCAGACUAUGUUAGAGGAGGGAUAGUUUCUCAGGUUAAGAUGCCCAAGAAGAUUGGAUUUAAAUCCAUGUCCUCCUCCAUGGCUGAGCCGGAGUUUGUGUUGACGGAUUUUGCUAAGUUUGAUCGUCCAGGACAGCUGCAUGUGGGCUUCCAGGCUAUUCACACCUUCCAGAAAAAGCACAACCGGCUUCCUGCACCUUGGAACAGGGCUGAUGGGGAUGAGCUGCUUAAUUUGGCCAAAGAGGUGAACUCUGCUCAGACAGGUUCUGCCAAAGUGGAGGAGCUGGACGAAGAUCUUAUCAAAAAGGUUUCGUUUCUGGCUGCGGGGGAUCUUUCUCCUAUCAAUGCCUUCAUUGGGGGUGUGGCUGCACAAGAAGUGAUGAAGGCGUGCACAGGGAAAUUCAUGCCUAUAAUGCAGUGGCUGUACUUUGACGCGCUGGAGUGCCUGUCAGAAGAUGCUGGAGUCCAGCUCACAGAGGAAGAGUGUGCUCCUAGGAACUCUCGGUAUGAUGGGCAGAUCGCAGUGUUUGGUACCAAACUACAAGACCUGCUUGCCAGGCAGCGCUACUUCCUGGUUGGAGCUGGCGCCAUCGGCUGUGAGCUGUUAAAAAACUUUGCUAUGAUAGGACUGGCAAGUGGAGAGGGUGAGGUCAUUGUGACCGACAUGGACACCAUUGAAAAAUCUAACCUCAACAGACAGUUUUUGUUCAGACCUUCUGAUGUCACGAAAAUGAAGAGUGACACAGCUGCUGCAGCAGUGAAACAGAUGAACCCCUCCAUCAGGAUCACAGGCCAUCAAAACAGAGUGGGCCCUGAAACGGAGAGAGUUUAUGAUGAUGACUUCUUUGAAAGCCUAGAUGGAGUUGCCAAUGCUUUGGAUAACGUUGAUGCACGUAUGUACAUGGACCGGCGUUGUGUUUACUACCGUAAACCCCUACUGGAGUCCGGUACCUUAGGUACCAAAGGCAAUGUCCAGGUUGUGAUCCCCUUCCUCACAGAAUCGUACAGCUCCAGUCAAGACCCACCUGAGAAGUCUAUCCCCAUCUGUACCCUCAAGAACUUCCCAAAUGCAAUCGAACACACAUUGCAGUGGGCUCGUGAUGAGUUUGAGGGACUGUUCAAGCAGCCACCAGAGAACGCCAUGCAGUAUCUCACAGAUCCUAAGUUCAUGGAGCGUACACUGAAGCUUCCUGGGGCUCAGCCACUGGAAGUACUGGAUGCAGUUUACAAGUGCGUUGUCACAGACUGUCCACACAGCUGGGCUGACUGCGUAGCUUGGGCGCGCAACCACUGGCAGUGCCAGUACAGCAACAACAUCCGUCAGCUAUUGCACAACUUCCCCCCUGAUCAGCUCACCAGCUCAGGUGCACCUUUCUGGUCUGGCCCAAAGAGGUGUCCUCAUCCCCUAGAAUUCAGCACUAGCAAUGACUUGCACAUGGAUUAUGUUUUGGCAGCUGCUAACCUGUUUGCGCAGAUGUAUGGUCUGCCAGGUAGCACCGACCGUGCAGGACUGGUCAAGAUUUUGCAAGAGGUCAAGGUGCCCACUUUUACCCCCCGUUCUGGGGUUAAAAUUCACGUCUCAGACCAGGAGCUGCAAUCGAGCAACUCUUCUGUUGAUGACUCUAAACUGGAAGAACUAAAAACCAAAUUGCCGUCACCAGAGUCUUUCCAGUUCAAAUUAAACCCCAUCGAGUUUGAAAAGGAUGAUGACACCAACUUCCACAUGGACUUUAUUGUGGCCGCAUCCAACCUUAGAGCAGAGAACUAUGACAUUCCGCCUGCAGACAGACACAAGAGCAAACUGAUUGCCGGCAAGAUCAUUCCUGCCAUUGCCACCACCACCGCUGCAGUUGUUGGCCUGGUCUGCCUGGAGCUCAUCAAGGUCGUGCAAGGACACAAGAAGCUUGAGACGUACAAGAAUGGUUUCAUGAACUUAGCCCUGCCUUUCUUUGCCUACUCUGAGCCCAUUGCUGCUCCAAAACAUAAGUACUAUGAAACUGAAUGGAGUCUGUGGGAUCGCUUUGAAGUAACAGGAAUGCAGGCCAACGGUGAAGAGAUGACACUCCGCCAGUUUCUGGAUUACUUUAAAAACGAGCAUCAGCUGGAGAUCACCAUGCUUUCUCAGGGAGUGUCCAUGCUCUAUUCAUUUUUCAUGCCCGCUGCCAAGCUUAAAGAGAGGCUUGACCUACCGAUGACUGAGAUUGUGACCAAGGUGUCCAAAAAGAAGCUGGGCAAGCACGUUAAAGCUCUGGUGUUCGAGCUCUGCUGUAACGAUACUUCAGAUGAAGAUGUGGAAGUGCCCUACGUCAGAUACACCAUUCGCUGAGCCUCACCCGGAGACCACCCACAGGAGGGUGGUAGUUGCUAGGGGGGGAUGCAAGGAAUGGGGGUGUUCUUAGUGGGGAAAUAGUGGUGUGACAAAGGGUGGGUGGAUUGAUCCAGAUCGGCUCUAUUGGAUCAAUUGGUUUCCUUUUUUAGGCCCGUGGUUUGUUUAAACCUGUGCCUGACUGUACAUAGCCCCAGUAAGCUGACAGAAGGAUACCUGUCUGUGUGUUACAGUUCCACUCUGUGCUUGACUGUGGGAAGAGGAGAUUUGUUGGAGAGAGGGAGGGAGCAUGUAAAUUGGACAUCCUAAUGUUUUUCUGUAGUAGAACCUUUAAACUUCAAAAGCCUCGGUGCCCUCAUUGCAAAGCCCAACUAGUCUGUAUGUACAAUAACACCUAACUAUCAUUCUGAAGCAGAGCUUUCAAACACACCCUGCUUGCUCUCCUCUCUUCUGGAGCCCAUUUCUAAUAGAUCUGUCCCCUCAUACUGUUACUUUUUAAUACAUGAUUUUUUUUUUUUAAAUCAAGGCUAUUCAACAACGUAAAAACCCAAUUCUCCCUUUAUUUUUUGUUCCUCAACUGGAAAUGGAAUUACAGCAUCAAACUGAUGAAUUUCCUUCCCUUCCUUCACUUUGAAGCACCCUCAAAGCCUCGUUUCAGCACUCUGGCUUUCUUCAGGCUGCUGCACACCACAAUAGUUUUCUCUUGAUGCUCUCCAUGUCAUGUGUUUUGUUCCAUUUUAUUUUAUUUUCUGGGAGGGGGGGGUGUUUGGAAGGAGUUUUGGCACACAGUUGGUAGAUCAUCAAACUGUCUUUCUACUUUGUUAACUCCAAAAUUAAUUAAAUCUAAGAGCGAAGCGUUGAGAUGUAUCUUGAAUGGGAGCACUUAGUGUUAUAGUGAAUAAACAUGGAAAAACUCG